AUGUCUGGCGCGUUGGAAGGCAUCUAUGAACCGGGCGUCGUCGACCCUGGCUAUCCAUCAUCAAACGGUACUGUUCCGUUCUGGCAUUCUAAACCACAUCCUCGAGCCGAUUAUCAAUCCGAAUGGCCGUCGAAUAUCGCUGAUGUAGCCGUCAUUAGUGCUGGCCUUACUGGCAUAAAUCUUGUUUGUACCUUGUUAAAGAAAAAGCCAGGUAUAUCCAUCGUAUUGUUAGAUGCUAAAUCUCUCUGCUCCGGCGCUACAGGCCGUAACGGUGGCCAUUGCAAGACCAUAACAUUUGCCAUAUAG